GAUGGCAUAGGAGAAAAAGCUGGAAUAUGCCUCAGCUUUUUGUCUCUUACCUUUCUAUGCUUGGGUGUUGGAUUGUAUUACGGAUGGAAGCUUGCUUUAGCGGUUCUUGCAAUAACACCAGCAAAUGCGAUUGCUAUGGCAAUUGUGGCUAAGAUACAAUCAGGCGCAUCUCAAGAAGAAAUGAAAGCUUAUGGAUCAGCAGGUGCGGUAGCAGAAGAAGCAUUCUCGUCUAUCCGCACUGUCUCCGCUUUUGGAGGGGAAAUCAAAGAAAUUCAAAGGUAUGAAAAUCACUUAAUUCCUGCAAUGCAAAAAGGAAUCAAAAGGGGGCUGUGGACUGCAAUUGGAUCAAGCAUGAAUUGGUUUUCCAUAUUUGGAGGAUACGCUCUUGCCUUUUGGUAUGGUGUUCAACUAAUUAUUGAAGGUUAUGGUCAAGAAAAUCCCGAAUAUGAUGGAGGAGUUGUAAUUACUAUAUUUUUUAGUGUCCUGACAGCAUCUAUGUUCUUUGGACAGACAGCGCCAUAUUUUGAAGCCUUUGCUCUAGCUAGAGGAGCUGCAGCUAAAAUAUUCAACAUUAUUGAAAGGAAACCGAUUAUUGAUAGCAGUUCUGAGGAAGGUCUAAAACCAGAUUACAUGAAUGGUGUUAUUAGUCUUAACAAUGUGACAUUUAGUUAUCCUGCAAGAAAAGAUGUCACAGUUUUAAAGGACAUGACUCUGGAGGUUGCUUCUGGAGAGACUGUAGCGUUAGUGGGAUGCAGUGGUUGCGGAAAGAGUACAAUUAUCCAACUCAUAUUGAGAUUUUAUGAUAUUGAUUCUGGAAGUGUUCAUCUAGAUGGUAUUGAUGUUAAGGAUCUGAACGUUGGUUGGCUAAGAAAUCAUAUAGGCCUCGUUGGGCAAGAACCUGUCCUGUUUUCGACAACAAUUUCAGAAAAUAUUAAAUAUGGUAAACUAGAUGCAACGCAAGAAGAAAUUGAGACUGCUGCCAAAAUUGCUAAUGCGCAUAACUUCAUUGAUGCCUUACCAUUAAAAUACAAUACUCUUGUGGGAGAACGUGGAACUCAGCUGAGUGGCGGUCAGAAACAAAGAAUUGCUAUAGCUCGUGCCAUGAUCAAAAAUCCUAAAAUACUAUUACUGGAUGAAGCCACUUCAGCAUUGGAUACUGAGAGUGAAGCUAUAGUUCAAGCUGCUCUAGAUCAGGCUCGUAAGGGUCGUACAACUAUUGUUAUUGCUCACAGACUUUCUACCAUAAGAACUGCAGAUAAAAUUGCUGUUCUGGAUGAUGGAUACAUAAAAGAAACUGGAACACAUGAAGAAUUGAUGAAAAGAAAAGGUCUUUAUUAUCGGUUGGUUGUUACACAGAUUAAUACAGAAGAGAAAACGGAGGAAACGAAUGAUGAAAUAUCGCUUCUCGACGACAAAGUCAAUAACUUAAGUAUUGCAUUAGACAACAGCUUGGAAAGAUGCCUGUCUUCUGCCAACGUCACAAAACCUCAACCAUCAAGUGGUAUUGAUCGCCAAUUAUCUGUAGUCCGAACUUAUAGUCAUCAAAUAUCUGAUUACAGCGUUGAAAUGAAUAAACUGGAUGAAGAGGAAGAUGAGAAUGUGUCACCGUCUAAAUCUCGACUGCUUAAAAUUUCUGCACCUGAAUGGCCUUAUGCAUUAAUUGGAGGCAUUGCCGCACUAUUAAUGGGUUUACAUAUGCUCGCAGGCGGUAUCAUUUUAGGAUCUAUUUUAGGAGUUUUAUCAAAACCGCUUGAUCAAAUUACUGAUGAAGCUAACUUUUGGUGUCUCAUCUUUUUAUUGCUGGGGUUUACAUCUUUCGUGUUCUCUUUCCUUCAGGCAUUUAUGUUUUCUGUAGCUGGAGAAAAAUUAACUUCAAGGCUGAGAAAAAUGGUGUUUGCCAACUUAAUUACACAAGAUAUGAGUUUUUUCGACGACUCUAAGAACAGUGUUGGUGCUCUUUGCUCUCGCCUGACAUCCGAUGCUUCACAAGUUCAAGGGGCCACCGGUUCAAGAAUGUCCACUUUAUUUCAAGCUCUUUCAACCUUUGUAUUUGGAGUAGUUCUCGCAUUGUGGUAUGAUCUGAGACUUGGUGGUGUAACAUUGGCUUUCAUGCCCUUCGUCUUUUUGGGAGCUUAUUUUGAUUCAUUAGUAUUGUCUGGUCAACUGACAAGUGAAAACACUGGAGCGGAAGAUGCAUCGAAGGUAGCAAUAGAAGCAAUAGAAAGCAUACGUACUGUUGCAUCUCUGCAUCAAGAAAAAAACUUCUACCUGCAGUUCCACAAUGCUUUAUUGAAACCUCUCAAAAACUCUCGGAAUAUGGCCCACUUAAGAGGAUUCAUUUAUGGUUUUGCCCAAGCGCUAAAUCCUCUUUCUUACUCUGCUGUUUUGUAUUAUGGGGCUAUACUGGUUGCUGAUAAAGAGCUGAAAUACGAUACUUUGAUGAAAGUGCUCGAAGGAGUUUUAAUGGGGAUGAUGUUUGUUGGACAAGCAAUGUCAUUUGCUCCAGAUUACAAUAGAGCUAAGCUAGCCGCUGUUAGAAUAUUUAAACUUCUUGAUGUAGAACCUAGAAUAGAUUCUCUAUCGGUACAUGGAAAAAUUCUGAAUGACGUUAAGGGAUAUGUUGAUUUUCGAAAAGUGCACUUUAAUUAUCCAAGUCGACCUAAUACAAGAAUAUUGAGAGGACUUGAUUUGAGUAUUGAAGCUGGGAAGACAGUGGCUCUUGUGGGCAGUAGUGGAUGCGGUAAAAGUACUUGUGUACAAUUGAUCGAACGUUUUUACGACCCUUUACAGGGGAAUGUGGUAUUUGACGGAGAAAACGUUUCAGAUUUGCAAGUAGCCAACCUCCGAUCUCACAUUGGCCUUGUAUCACAAGAACCUGUCUUAUUCAGUUAUAGUAUAGCUGAAAACAUUGCAUACGGAGACAAUUCUAGAACAGUUGAAAUGCAAGAAAUUAUAGAAGCAGCACGCCAAGCCAAUAUACAUAACUUCAUUUCUUCAUUACCUCAGGGCUACGACACUCCAGUUGGUGACAAAGGCACGCAAUUAAGUGGCGGCCAGAAGCAGAGAGUGGCUAUUGCUCGAGCUCUCUUAAGAAAUCCCAAAAUAUUACUUCUUGACGAAGCAACCUCCGCCCUCGAUGCAGAAAGUGAAAAGGUUGUGCAAGAAGCAUUAGACAAAGCAAGUAGUGGACGCACAUGUCUUAUUAUAGCUCAUAGACUCUCUACAAUUCAAAAUGCAGACACAAUAGCAGUAAUUUACAAAGGGAAAAUUGUAGAGAGUGGUACCCACCAAGAACUUCUAAACUUAAAAGGACAUUAUUACAAUCUUUAUAAUGUUCAGACUACUAUGACAUAGCUGGAGUUAACUAAAUUCUCUACAUAUUGUGAUUUAACUCAGGUCCUUUAUUUCAUCGAUGUCGAAUAUGUAACAUUUGUAGUUUUUUUAUAAGUAAUUAGUGCUGGUUAUUUCUCGGGAAAAGAUAUAAUUUUGAUCUUAACCUUUUAACUUUUUUACAGGUGUCUGUAGAUAAAAAAAAUUCAAUGUUUUUUUGUUUUAUUUAUUUAUUUUUCUUUUUUUUUUAGUAACUGAUAAUUUUAAUUAAUUGCUUAUACUAAAACAUGCUAAGUUUUGCUUACUAUCAGUAGAUGGCGUCACUAGACCUGUCGCAAAAAUUUUUUGGGAAGAGAAUCACAAAUAAACUGUUGUAAAGUAAAACCAAAAUAUUACAUAUAAUCCGCUUUUAUGAAAUGUCAGCGUUUGAAAUAUGUUACUAAAUGAAUUUCAGUUCAAAAAAUUCAGUGUUUUUUUUUAAAGUAUUUUUGUUGCUCAUAAUUUUUAUAAAUUGCUUUUACUAAAUCAUGCUAAGUUUUGCUUACUAUCAGUAGAUGGCAUCACUAAAUCUGUCAAAAUUUAUUUGAAAAAGAAGAAGAAAGGGGGAAAAAUUUUAAUUAUCAAUUUCGCUCACGUAAAAUUAAAAUAUAAUAUAUAAUCCGCUUUUAUGAAAUGUCUGCUUUCGAAAUAUGUUAUUAAUUGAAUUUUAGUUAUAAAAAGAGAAAGAAACAUAAUUUUCAGAAACAAAGCGUGCCUUAAUUAAUUUCAAUAAUGCUUAAUACUAAUUAGGAAUACAAACAUUUAAUAGUCUCACAUACAUAAAAAUAUUAAUCGC